AUGAGAGGUCUGUCGUGGGUGGCACUACUGCUGUGGUGUACCGUCGGAGAGGGAAAGUCGUUGGAACGACAUGAUGGAAGUUUAGAUGGUCUAAGUUUAAUUAGUCCCAGUGGUAAAGCGUCUUAUGUCUUUAAAGGUAGUGAUGAAGAUAACGCCGAUGUUUUCAGGAGAUUACGAAAGAGAGAUUUAGGGGAGGUAGAUGACUCUCAGGUAGCAGCAUCUCAUCACUGGAGUCACGGGGGAGGGGAAGGCCACCACUCGGACCACCAUUCGAGUCACGGACAUAAGGCGGACAAGGGGUAUCAUGGGCACCACCACCACGACCACGGCAAGAAGGGCCACCACGACAAGGAGGGGCAUAGCGGCCACUACUCCGAGCACGGUGGCCACAAGAAGAAACAUCACGAUGAGGGAGGUUACCACAAGGAACACCACAAGGGAGAUAAAGGCCACAAAGGUCACAAGUACCACGAUGAAGGCUCCUACAAGAAAGGCCACAGCACCAAAGGGAAGCACUCCAUACACAAGCUAGACGAACACAAGAAGAAUAAGCAUUUCUAUGAUGAACACCACGACGAGGGUCACCACGAGAAACAUGGAGGCUACCAUCAUCACCACGACCACCACCACGGCGGCAAGUACAAAAAGGGCCACAAGAAGUCCGGUUAUCACGACGACCACAAGGGCAAGAAGGGACAUCACCAUAAGGGCCACCACCACCAUGAACACGCUGGCCACAAGAAGGCGGGAGGCCAUGAUGACCACUAUGGCCACAAAUCCGAAUACGGGAAGAAGGGUGGCCACAAAGACCACAAGGAGUGGGGAUUUAGUGAGAAACAUUAA